AAACCCUCCGCGCGCGCAAGGGCGGGAGGCCGCGCGCUGGUUCGGGUUUCCCCGGCUUGACCGGCUGCUGGUUUGCAGCGCGGGAGCGGAGGGUUGAGAAGGUUGCACGAAGAAGCCGUGCAAGUGUUAAGGGCAGCGCCUUGCAUCAUCAUCAUCAUCAUCAUCAUCAUUAUUAUUAAUACCCACGCCCUGCACAUUUCUGCUUAUUUUUUUGGAAUACUAUUACAUUUGAUAACUGUUAACGACUGGACGCGAGGAAGCACGUGGAUAAGAAUCUCCGAAAAGUGUUUUGGGUUUUUUUUGUUGUUUUGGCACUGCAUGGCAUAUAGCGCCCUGAAGGUGUUUUGCUGCUGCUGCUGCUGCGCUGAAAUGCUGUUUGUUAAAAGAUUCUGUGCUUCACAUCUGAAGACCAGCAAGAUGCCCCAUCGGUUCCAGAGUAACAAACGACCAGUUGCUCCUCUUGGGUCACGGGUUUUGUUGGAUCCAGAUAAAGUUUUUGAUCACAACAUGUGGGACCACAUGCAGUGGUCACAGGAAGAAGAAGAAACAGCCAAGGAAAAAGCCGCAGAGAAUUCACUCGUCAGAGUCCAACCAGAGCUGCAAGCGAAGUAUGAGAGAGAAGCCAGUAGAUACUGGAAUGAAUUUUACAAGAUCCACAAGAACCAUUUUUUCAAAGAUCGCAAGUGGUUGUUCGUGGAAUUUCCAGAAAUUAUUCCAGAAGGAAAAUCUGACCGUUGUAGAAAAGCGAUUACAGAAAACUUGAGAUGUACUGGUUUACUUGAAGACAACCAUCUUUGUGAGGAUAAUUCUGCUCCAAAAGUUUCUUCCGUUUUGAGCGCAUGUUAUGAUAACUCCGCAGCUGAUGAGCAAAUUGUCAAGAGCACUGGAAAGCAAUUCCCUGGCGGUGAUUCUUCUUACCGAAUAUUAGAGGUUGGCUGUGGUGCUGGUAACAGCGUUUUCCCUAUUUUGGAAGUGAUUCGCCACCAUCCCGGAGUCUUUCUGUAUUGCUGUGAUUUUGCUUCAGAAGCGGUGGAGCUCAUCAAGUCUCAUCCACUCAUCGAUUCCUCCCGGUGUUUUGCCUUUGUUCACGACGUGUGUGAUGAUGCCUCGCCCUACCCUUUCCCAGACGGCAGCCUGGAUGUCAUUCUCCUCAUCUUUGUGCUGUCUUCCGUUCACCCUGACAGCGAGAGCUGGUCGAAAGAGCGCUUCGCUAAUGAGGCUCCUUGUCGCCCUCGGAAGAGGCUUCUUUGGCAAAAUGCGUGCCUAUUAAAGAUGGCGGGUCUUUCCAAAAUAUUACAGAUGACUUCUUCUUUUCCCCUUGGGAAAAAGAAUUGAAAUGAAACCGGCGAAAUCCAAAUGGCCACCUUCAUGCACCAAAGAUAUUCCCAGCUUUGUUCUCCAAACAGCUGAGCUUUCUGAUUUGCUUUCAGAGAAAAUCGCAUUUCCCUCAUUUCUUCCUGUUUGUUCGGGAGGCAAGCGGGUGAGGAGUCAUAGGCAAAAGAAUACUUUGCCAAGCCCGGGUGGGGAAAGGGAAGAAAUAUCUCUUCCCUGCACCUUUUGCUAACUCUUAUGCCGCAAACCUUCAGGUUUUCUGUGCAAAUUUCCACCAUUAGCCUUUGUAGAUCGUCCUGUUUUCUCCCCCACCGUCAGGUAAUCUGACGAAGGUUGCUGUGAUUAAUAUCCCUCAAUUCUAAUACUGCAAAAGGCUGUAUUUAAGUGUUUUAUUUUAUUUCCCCCCCAAAAAAAAAUUAUUAGUUUUCCAGAUUUAUAACAAACAAAUAGAAAAAAAGAAAAUCAAAAAACAAACCAACAAACAUUUAUCCUGAUUGUAAUAAUUCCACUUUUGAUAACAUUGUUAGGUGAACAGUGUGUAACAAUGUAUUUAAGUAUUUUAAAUAAACAUGUAUGUUCCACUGAAAUCAGUGAAACUGGUUGCCGAAUAAGUAUGCCAAAAUUAGGUCCAAGCUGCAGUUUGUAUCCUAAAAUCACUGUUGUUCUUUCUCUCGCCACUCACCUUAUCAUAGUAUUAUCCUAAUUCCAAAGGUUAAAGCACUAAAAGAUAGCUGUUUGUUCUAAUCUUCCUAAAUAUUUAAAGAAAUUCCCCCGAACAAGCGCCUGUUAAUAAAAAAUACUGAUCUCGGUUUGGGGUGGGGGUGAGGAAGAGGCAAAUAAUUUUUUUAGCAGGCAACGUGCAAAAGGUCACGAGGGUUCUUCUCAUGUACGAACCUUCAUUCAGCAUUUAAAUUAUUACCUAAUUAGUUUUUAGGGCACUUACAGCCUGUCACUGUUUUAUGGGUGGGGUUCAGUCACGCCCUGGCAAAUUCAGGUUGUGGAAUUCAAAAUGCUUUGGUGUUCUUGAGUUCACCCCACAUUGAACUUUCUGUGAUAAGGAAAGUGGAAGGAAAUUACAUUCUGAAGUGUGGAGUGACAAUUGCUGGACACAAUGUCCUCUAAUCUCCCCACAAACUUUGUGCAAACGAAUCAAGAUGAAUGCUUUUUUUUUUAAGGGUUUAUUGAGUUUUCAAAAACA